AUGGACCUUGACGCCUCCUUUAAUAGUCCACUGCGAUCCUCACCGUGGUUGCACACCGACCCAUCCUCCCCGCGACUGCGCACCCCCGUCGCUACGCCAGAUCGCUUCAUCUCCGAUCGCCGCUCUCAAGAUAAUGCCAUGUCUCAUUUCUAUCUCACCACUAAAGAGAAUGUUACCCCACUGCAGGCGAGUCCCGAUCGGCGUGGAGGUUCAGUUUCACUUAUGGCCUCACCUAAUCGCGGUGUUGCGGCUGUUGGUCUUGGGAGUGCUUCUGCGGUUGGGAGUGGUGGUAUUAUUAGUGGAGGGGGUGGAAGUGCAAGUAAGGCACGAAAACACACAAUGGAAAGUAGUCCUUUAGAUACACCAAACCUUGGAACAGAGCCGUAUACCAGUAAACUUGUUCGUACACUUUUUCCGGAAAUGCAGUCUACAGUUCUCGGUAUUCAUAAUCAAGUUUUUCAACAACAGAAUGUACCUGAAUCUGAAGAAGAAAAAUACCGAAAAUCAUUGGGUGUUAUAUUUGAAGAAAAUCGAGCAAGAAAUUUUCGUUCAAGUUCUUUUCGCGUAAUUGCACGAGCUCCUGAACGUAUUCUUGAUGCUGCAGAUAUGAUUGAUGAUUUUUAUCUUCAACUUAUGGAUUGGUCUGCAAAAGAUGUACUUGCUGUUGGUUUACAAGGUUCUGUUUAUCUAUGGGAUGCAAAAACAUGUAGUAUUACUCAACUUCCUUCUCAAAGACCACCUAAUGGUGUUAUCUGUGGUGUUUGUUGGAAUGAAGAUGGUAAUCUUCUAGCCCUUGGUACUGAUGAUGGAUCUGUGGAAAUAUGGGAUGUAGAAAUGCAACGUAUUACUCGUAGACUUUACCAACAUGUUGAUAGAGUUGGAGCAAUUUCUUGGAAUGGUAACAAUCUCGCAACUGGAAGCAAAGAUUCCACCAUCCGUAUUGAUGACCUUCGAGAUCCACUUAGCUCGUGGACUAUGCGAGGUCAUCAUCAAACUGUAUGUGGAUUAAAAUGGUCCCCAGAUGGGGUUCGUCUGGCAAGUGGAGGUAAUGAUAAUCAAUUACUUAUAUGGGAUAGUCGCAGUUUCUCCACCAGGUCUAAACCUGCAUUACGUCUUAAUAAACAUACUGCGGCUGUAAAAGCAAUUGCAUGGAAUCCUAUUCAACACAAUCUUCUCGCAAGUGGUGGUGGUUCAGAAGAUAAGAUGUUACGCUUUUGGAAUACCUCUACUGGUGAAUGCAUUAAUCAUUUUAACGCUGAAAGUCAAGUUUGUGGGGUUUUGUGGAAUCUAAGUGGGACAGAACUUGUCAGUUCACAUGGUUUUUCACAUAACCGAUUAACCAUCUGGAAGUAUCCAACCAUGCGAAGGGUGGUGGAUUUAACAGGACACACCUCACGUGUUCUCCAUAUGUGUAUGUCAACGGAUGGAGAAGUCGUGGUCUCCGCAGCAGGAGAUGAAACAAUUAGAUUUUGGCGUUGUUUUCCCCCUUCUGGAGAGCGAGAGGGGCGAAAUGGUCGUCAUGGUCUUUACGCUGAUGCCAACUCACAUCACCGCUCAGGUCAAAACGGUAAAGGUGUAGAAGUAGAUAAUUCCCUCCGUGAUGAACUGGCCCUUAGAUAA